CGGAAGUGCGUCACCGGAAGCCACGGGAUGACGUAGAGGGCAAGAUGGCGGCGCGCAUGAAGUGAGAGGGCACAGCGGGCGCAAAAUGACAGGUGUGACAGGAAUAUGUUUGGCGCAGAUUCACAGGACCGUUGUGGUGUCACCACCAGCAGCAGCAUGCCGCCUGCUCCGAACCUACUGCAGAAGAAGUGACCGAUGGCUGAUGUUUCAUCCGGCCAAACGUAAGUAUGUGACACAACAGGGGGCUUCAUACCAGAGAGCAAAGCCGAAGCAGGAGCUGAGGGAGCCCGUGCCGCAAGAAGAGAGCGUGCUGCGAGAAGUGAAGCCGAUAACGGCCGUACUGCCGAUCGCAGACCCGUCCAGUGGUCCCCCGACUCAUGAAGCACCAGGACCCUCCAACCAAAGCAACGAGCAGACCAAAGCCGCCCCCGAGGAGAGGGGCUGGAAGGAAAUAAAAGUGGAUGUGUCCACAUUGCCCGGAAUAUUUGCCCGGCUGUCCAAAAUCCGUCUCUCAGCUUUGGUGGUGAUCACGGCCUCCGCCGGCUAUGCCAUGGCUCCUGUGCCCUUUGACCUGAGCUGCUUCCUCGUGGCCUCUGUUGGCACUGGUCUGGCCUCUUGUGCUGCCAAUACCAUCAACCAGUUUUUCGAGGUGCCGUUUGAUUCGAACAUGAACAGGACAAAGAGCCGCCCCCUGGUGCGAGGACAGAUCAGCCCUCUCAUCGCUGUCUCCUUCGCUGCUGCCUGCGCUAUUCCUGGGAUCGCCUUGUUAACCCUUGCGGUGAACCCGCUGACCGGAGCGCUUGGUGCAUUCAACAUCUUCCUUUACACCUGCUGUUAUACCCCAAUGAAGAGGCUCAGCAUUGCCAAUACCUGGGUGGGUUCUGUGGUGGGCGCUAUCCCACCCAUCAUGGGCUGGACAGCAGCGACUGGCAGCCUGGACGCUGGAGCCCUCUUGAUGGGUGCCAUCCUCUACUCCUGGCAGUUCCCUCACUUCAAUGCCUUGAGCUGGAACCUCCGUGAAGACUACUCCAGAGGAGGGUAUCGGAUGAUGUCUGUCACGCAUCCGGACAUGUGCCGCCGCGUGGCCCUGCGCCACUGCCUGGGGCUCAUAGGACUAUCCACUCUAGCCCCUGCCUUGGACGUCACCACAUGGAACUUCCCCAUCAUCUCCCUUCCGGUCAACUUGUACAUCUCCUACCUAGGCUACAGGUUCUACCGGGACGCAGACCGUAACAGUGCCAGGAAACUGUUCUUCUGCAGCCUCUGGCAUCUGCCCACGCUUCUGCUACUCAUGUUGACCUGCAAAAAGUCUGUAGUGGGGAAGAAAGAGCCAUCAGAGGUCAUCCAAAACCCAAGCUGAGAAUUGAGGUUCCUAGAAGGAGCUGUGAUCAGGCAUUACUGUAAAACGAUUACCAAGAGACAAAUCUUCUCCGGUGUCCACAACAAAUCAAACUGUGUCGAUGGGGAUGCCAAUUUUACUUCCUGAGAUUACUAAGAAGGGACACCCAUUAUAAGACACUCGGUGAAAGUUAGUGAACCCUUCAGCCGUCCACUGGGAACAACACUUUCCAUCUUCUCCUGAGAUCCUCACGCAUCGUCUACGAGAAACUCAGAAUUUGAAUCAUAGCAAGAAAUUUUGAGAGAGAGAAAACCAGACACAAUCCCACAAGGUGCCAUCCACAUGACUCCCUCACAGCGUUCUUCUCAUUGCUGGAUGUCCACUUCAUUAGACUGUAUUUAUUGCUCUGUAGACGUCAUGACCAGGAGAAGAUGACCUCUUCAUGUUGCUCUCUAGAUCCCACAAGGUGACAUCCACAUGACUUCCUCUCAGUGUUCUUCUCAUUGCUGGAUGUCCACUUCAUUAGACCUUAUUCAUCGCUCUGUACACCUCACGACCAAGAGAAGAUGACCUCUUCAUGUUGCUCUCUAGAUCCCACAAGGUGACAUCCACAUGACUUCCUCUCAGUGUUCUUCUCAUUGCUGGAUGUCCACUUCAUUAGACCUUAUUCAUCGCUCUGUACACCUCACGACCAGGAGAAGAUGACCUCUUCAUGUUGCUUUAUAGAUCUAAUUUAUUUUUCACUCUGUGGUGAUGACAUAGGACGCUACCGGGUGACAUAUUGCAAGCAGACAAGAGCCGCACUCCAUUCAGAAUACCUUGCUGCAUCAUCCACGGUUUAGUUUUUAUACUUUAGGGUGGACUCGUUACUUUACGCCACGGACAAAUCCGUCACCAGAUCUGUAGUGCCACGGAUUUCACCAACGGAUUUGUUUGUGGCGUAAAAUUGUGAAUCCACAUUUAAGGUUUUAUAAUCCCGAGUUCCGACUCUCCCAUAAAUGACAAGUUGCUGCCAUCUACCUCAUACAGGUAAACAUUCAAGCUAGUGGUUAGUGGAACUCCCCUUUUACUGAUGACAUCAUCAUUUAGAUAUAUUUAGGGCUCAUUCAGACGGCCGUAUGUUGCUUUCCGCAUCUCAUCCGCAAUUUUGUGGAUUAGAUGCGGGCCUGUUCACUUCUAUGGGGCCCCAAAUCAUGUGGACAGCACACUUCCAUUCCACGGCCCCCAAAUCAAAUAAAACAUGUCCUAUACUUGUCAGUGAAAAUUGGGACGUGGUGCCACUGAAGUCUAUGGGUCCACAAAAAUGCGGUACGCAAUCAGUUUUUUCUAAUUCUUUUUUAUGGACAUGCUGAACUGACUCCAAAAAAAACGAAACCGCAUUUUUGCGGACCGCAAAAAAUAUACGGCUGUCUGAGCCCCCAGGGAAAUAAAAGGGGGGUGUCCAGUGAUGGAUGCUCAGCCGGUGCUUACCACCAGGUCCCUGCUGGUCUCUGUUUUCUGCCUUGGUCUUGACACCCAGGAAGCACUUGGAGAUGCCUGCAGUGAACAGCUGAGCAGGGGUCUGCGGGCUAUCCUGUGUGGUGAGACUGGACCAGGAAGCAAAGAGCAACGGGGAUCUGGUAAACGGGUGUGAAUAUCCCUUCUUAUAGUCUAAAGACAUUUGCCCCCCUGGACAACCCCUUUAAAUGAUGCAAGGAUGGGUGAUGCCGCAGGAUCUUCUACCAUCUAGUAUCUGGUGCGAACAUCCAGUCAGCCGCCAUUAUUUUCCGUUCUGAACCUGCCUUACGUAUACAGGGACUCGGCCUAUGGGGCUCUGUACUUGAACACAAUCUCAGAUACUGUAAGAUAUCGCUCUGUUCUGGACAUUUUUGCUUUUGAUUAUAAAAAAAAAAUAUAAAACUCU